AUGACUUCUCUUUCCCUCAUCAUUGGCCUAGUUGGGCUGGUUGGAAAUGCCAUAGUGCUGUGGUUUUUGGGAUUCCACAUGCACAGGAAUGCCUUCUCUGUCUACAUCCUCAACCUGGCUGUGGCUGACUUUCUCUUCAUAUGCUUUCAAAUUGUACUUUGUCUUCAUAUUAUUUUGAACAUCUUCUACUCCAAGACCAUUGGCAUGCCCCCUUUUUGUUUUGUUGUGUUAAACUUUGCCUAUCUUUGUGGCUUGAGCAUCCUCAGUGCCAUUAGCUUUGAACGAAGCCUGUCUGUCAUGUGGCCCAUCUGGUAUCGUUGCUAUCACCCAAGGCACACAUCAGCUGUCAUAUGUACCCUGACUUGGUUUCUGUCCCUGUUGUUGAGCCUCCUGGAAGGGAUGGAAUGCGGCUUCCUAUUUGAUAGUCUUGGCCCUGAUUGGUGUCAGGCAUUUGAUUUCAUCACUGCUGCAUGGCUAAUUGUUUUAUUUGUGAUUCUCUUGGGGUCCAGUCUGGCCUUAAUUGUUACUAUCUUCUGUGGCUCACAGAGGAUUCCUGUGACUAGGCUGUAUGUGACCAUUGUGUGCACAGUGCUGGUCUUCCUGCUCUUUGGUUUGCCCUAUGGGAUCUUCUGGUUCCUCUUAGCAUGGAUUGACAAUUUUCAAUCUGUAAUGCUUUGUAAUUUUUAUCCAGUGACAAUAUGUCUGUCCUGUUUUAACAGCUGUGCCAAUCCCAUCAUUUACUUCCUUGUUGGCUCUAUUAGGAAUCGUAGGUUCCAGAGAAACACUCUCAAGCUACUUCUGCAGAGAGCCAUGCAGGACACUCCUGUGGAGGAAGAAAGUGGAGAAGGAGAAUCUUCAGGAAGAUCUAGGGAAAUGAAACCAGUCUGGCAGUGA